AUCGGCGCGAGCGCCGGUCGCCCGGUGGCUGUGCCUGCGACGACGCUUCAGUCUGAUAAUGUGUCAGGUCGCAGUGAGCCGGCUACAUGAUCGUUGAACAAAAUAUUUUUCACGACAUUUUCGUAACAUAUAUUUUUUAAAGACAUUUUAUUCGAAGUUUUAUUUUGAAUGGAUAAUUAAUGAAGUAAAUAAAGAUUUUAAUACAAGACUGGUGGGAAGAAGUGUUCACCAUAUAUGGGCGACGUAAAUAAAGUUAAUUCGUUUUCCGACAUUAUGAGAAAGUGUUUCAAGAUGGGUCUUUUCAAGAUAAUCCCAGCUCAAGGGACGAAUAAGGAGAAAACUCAUGCAGUGUCUCCGACAGAGGACGAAGGUCCAGAUGUGGUGUCUGAUGUGAUCGGGAAAUUUGGAAAAUGGCAGUUACUGAUGACCUUUUUGCUGUCCCUUUUCUCAUUGCCCUGCACAUUCCACAUUUACCUACCAACAUUUACCGCGAAAGCGACGAAAUUCUGGUGUCAAAGACCAGAAAACUUCUCAAGUUUACCAUUACAAGAUUGGAUAAACUACAGUCAGCCCGUGGACAGCUGUUCUGUGCGGACAAUCUCUGCAGGAGUGACAGUGGAAACUAUAUUGAAUCAUACUGCUCCACUCAUAGACUCUUUCCAGAAAUGCACAGAUUGGAACUAUGACAGAACAGAGGUGGGAAGUACUAUAAUCUCAGAAUGGGACCUGGUCUGUGACAGAGCACAUCUGACAAGCUUAGCUGAGGUCGUGUUUUUGGUCGGCGUUGGAGUUGGCGGAGUCGUCGGCGGCUGGAUAUCUGAUAGAUUCGGUCGUAAGAGGAUUUUGAUGAGCAUGAUGGUAGCGCAGAGCUCAUUGGCCAUCCUGUCUCUCUUGGUCCGCUCCUUCGUGCAGUACGUGGUCGUCAGGCUUAUCAUGGGAUUCGUCUCGGUCUCCGUGGUCUACGCUGCCUUUGUCCUCUCCGUGGAGCUGGUGGGAGGGAAAUGGGUGACAAUUGCAGGAGUUUGCAACUUCUUCUGGCUGCCCGUUGCGUAUCUGAUUGUCACUCUCUUGUCCCUACUGAUGCCCAAUUGGAGGGAUCUUCAGCUGAGCCUGUCUGUUCCCGGAUGUCUUCUGCUGGCUUUAUGGUUCGUUCUGCCAGAAUCACCAAGAUGGCUGCUCAGUAUGGGAAAGACUCAGGAAGCGAAAGAAAUAUUAGAAAGAGCUGCUAAAUUUAACAAGCGUGAACUGCCUUCUGAUAUAGACAAACUGUUAAUGUUACACAAAACGCAGGAGAGCACAGAACUGCCCAGUGUUAUGAUGCUGUUCAGAGGAGUACUCCGCAAGAGGACGAUAUGUCUAUUCCUGUCUUGGUUCUGCAUGACAAUCGCGUACUACGGUCUGUUACUGAACAUUGGAAAUUUCAACCUUGGCAACCUACACGUAACGUCUAUAAUCCUAGCUAUCGUGGAAGUUCCAGCAAUAGCCAUAAGUAUCCCGAUUCUCUUAAAGGCUGGAAGACGGGUUCCAAUCUUCAUCAGUAUGUUAGUGUGUGGUCUUGCGUGUGUUGCUAGCGAGCUGCUAUCGAUAGCAUUCGAUGAUGAAUGGAUCAUGAUCGCUUGCUUGAUGAUCGGGAAGUUUGCUAUCGGAUCCACAAACAUGAUGAUGCCGAUUUUCACUGUGGAGCUGUAUCCAACUGUGGUGAGGAACCUUGGCGUGGGGGCCAGCCAGAUAGCAGCAGGACUUGCACUCAUAUGCAUUCCGUACUUAUGGAGACUGACAAUGAUAAAUGAGCACCUACCGAUGGUGACGAUCGCGGCUCUGGCUGCUAUUGGAGGUGGCAUAGUGCUGCUUCUAUCAGACACUGCCCGCCCUGAACCCCAACCACCUCAGCCUGUGAGCGAAAAGAAAGUACCAUACGACAGCAGCUCGCCUUGCAACGGAACGUUCACAAUUACUGACGACAGAGGGCACUAGCAGCGUAAUAAAGUGAAAUAUUAUAGUUACCAAUGUGUGUAGUUCAAAACAUUUUGUACAAAGUGAACAAGACACAGUGAUUAGUGAGAAUUUUUCGAAUUUAAAUGUAUAGAUUUUAAACUAACGUCUGACAUAGCAGUUUGAGUUGUUUCAAGCGACGAAGCAAUACAGUCACGUAUUACUUCUGUGAAUAAUUUCUAAGUAUAUUUAAUUUUAAGUAAAUAACUUAUAAGAAAAUGCAAUAUGUUUGUGUAGUGAUAUAGAUAUUUAAUUUAA